AUGACGGAUACUGCACUUCCAACUGCCGGGCCUUCCCAGCCUUCAGCUCCCACUGCACAUAUUGAGAUCCCUUCUGAGGAGGAGUCCGGACAAUCUUCAGAGUCUGAGAGUGAGGAGGAUGAAGGCCCUCGGGAGAAGGGUAAGCAGAUUGUUGCUCCGACAGUUGAGGACGAGGAACAAGCAGCAAUUCAGGUAGCAAUAGCACAUUCGCUAGCAGACAUGGCCGCCCCUGCAGAUCCAUCGGCCACUCAACCAUCAACGGGCGAGGCUAGCAGCUCACAGGCUCCAGCUCCAGUAUUGGAUCAGCCAGAGAUACCUCCUCCAUCAGUGGAGGUCACUCCUCAGACUAAGAUCUCAUCGGUCCCAGCUUCAGUAUCAGAGGGUGACCCCACCAUCACUCAGCCGGCUGCCGACUCUCAUAGCGCUUAG